UUCAGAAAUGACUGAAGAAGUGACAUACGCAGACCUGAAGUUCGUGACAUUGGAAAAAUUACAAACCAAGGACAUCCAGACUGCCAGAGCAAAAGAUUCUCGCAGUCGAUCUUCCUGUUGGCAACUGGCUACAAUGGCACUUGGGGUCGUCUGCCUAAGUUCAGUGGCAGCUACAGGAGUUUUGGCAGCCAAGUUCAUCCUGGUCUGCCAUGCUGUGCGUGAAAGGGAUGAAAACUUCACCCUGCAAAAGGCAAUUAUGGAAAACCUCAGCCAGCAGUUGGAACACCUCCAGGCUCAGAAUUUGAACUUGUCAGAAACUGUAAAGCAACUUGCCACCUCCAGAGGAUAUAAAUGUACUCCUUGUCCUGAGACCUGGCUGCAGUAUGGGGAGAACUGUUACUACUUUUCAAAGGAAUGGAAAACUUGGCAAGAAAGCAAGGCUCGGUGCUCUGCUCUGGAGUCCAGAUUUCUUAAGAUAGAGAGUAAGAAAGAACUGGACUUUGUAAUGCAAUCGGCACAGUCUUACAGUUCGUAUUCUUUCUGGACUGGUCUGUCUCACAAUGGAUCUGAGGGGCCCUGGCUAUGGGAGGAUGGAUCAGCUUUCUCCAUGGAUCUGUUUCAGAUCCAAGAAGUCAGCUCAAGUCCUUUCCUAGAGUGUGUGUGGCUUCAAGGUUCAAACAUAGGCACUGCACAGUGUGGUGAAUACAAAUUUUGCAUUUGUGAGAAAAUGGUGGAUCCUGCAGUGAUUGAGCAAGUGAACUACUUAGACAGGCAGUAG